AAACAUACGGGAAGUUGUACUUUCGCUUACGUACAGUACAGUAGGUGUGUUCAGCCAAACGUCCGCCUUCAAGUUUGUUGUUCUAUCUAAGUUAGCUAAGUGAGUAUGGCAGAGAAAACCAACUAUCAAGGUGGCAAAGCAUAUGGAGAACUGAAGAGUCGUCAGGAAAACGAACUGGACAGGACUAAUCAAGAAUUUCUAACUGGUGGUAAGUUUGAAGAUGUAGAAGACUUGGCGGAGAGACUGGAGUCGUACAAGAAACAGUUUAUGGAAUUUGAUGAGAAUCACUCAGGAGACAUCGAUAUUAUGGAAUUGAAAAGAAUGAUGGAGAAGCUUGGACAGGCCAAGACUCAUCUGGAACUAAAGAAGAUGAUUGCUGAGGUUGACACAAACAACACAGGAACAAUACAUUAUCACGAGUUCCUUGACAUGAUGCUUGGUAAACGCUCAUCAAUCCUCAAGCUAAUUCUCAUGUUUGAAGAGAAGAAGAAGGAAAAGGAACGUCCCAAAGGUCUACCUCCUAAGCGAGAUCUAGCUUCUCUUCCAUGAACAACGAACGAGUGCAAACGUUACUAUGAUUUGAUUAUGUUUGUGUACACUAUCAACUAGAAGCCUGCUGCACACGCAAUAAUUUACUUUCUUGCUGUAAUAGCUUGUUAUAUGUCUUUAUAAAGGAGUGAGUAUUUGGGAACA